GGAUAAGCCUAGAGGCCCCAUUAACCCUCCUCCUUCCCCUAUAUUUUCCCCCCCUCACCAACAUCCCCUCCUCAUUUCUCAAACACUCCCACAUUCUCUACAACUAUUCAAGAGAGUUUUUUUAGAAAGAGAAGUAACAAAAAAAAAAAAAAAAUUGUGUAUGGAAGGAAGAAAUAUGAAAAAUGGUGAUACUAACAAAGUAGUUGGUUCUUCUCUUCAAUUAGAGAAGAACCAAAUUGACGUAUCCGAGUCUAGCUCGCUUAAAAAGCUAGGCUUGGUUGCAUCAAUUGCGGCUGGGGUUCAGUUCGGUUGGGCACUACAACUUUCGUUGUUAACCCCAUACGUCCAACUUUUGGGGAUUCCACAUACUUGGGCCGCAUACAUCUGGCUAUGCGGCCCUAUCUCAGGCAUGGUCGUUCAACCAACGGUGGGUUAUUACAGUGACCGUUGCACAUCUAAGUUCGGCCGUCGUCGCCCCUUCAUUGCCGCCGGGGCCGCGCUAGUAGCUGUAGCCGUGUUCUUGAUCGGAUUUGCCGCCGAUAUAGGACACGCAUCCGGCGACCCAAAUGGCAACGUAGUAAAACCAAGAGCCAUCGCGGUUUUCGUCGUCGGAUUUUGGAUCCUUGACGUAGCCAACAACACUCUUCAAGGUCCAUGCAGAGCUUUACUAGCCGAUAUGGCCGCCGGAUCACAAGCUAAAACCCGUUACGCCAACGCUUUUUUCUCCUUCUUCAUGGCUCUAGGAAACAUCGGCGGAUACUCCGCCGGUUCCUACAGCCGUCUCUACAAAAUAUUCCCAUUCACCAAAACCCAAGCUUGCGACGUCUACUGCGCAAAUCUAAAAUCCUGUUUUUUCAUCUCAAUCACCCUCUUGAUCAUCCUAACCAUCCUGGCCCUCUCGGUAGUCCGUGAGCGCCCGUUCUCCCUAGAGGAAAUCGAAGAAGAGGAAGAAAACUUAAAAAACAACACAUCGGGAUGUAGUAGACUUCCAUUCUUCGGACAAUUAAUCGGAGCCUUAAGAGAAUUACCGCGCCCAAUGCUAAUCCUUUUAUUAGUAACAUGCCUAAAUUGGAUUGCAUGGUUCCCAUUUUUAUUAUUCGAUACAGAUUGGAUGGGUAAAGAAGUAUACGGGGGUAAAGUAGGAGAAGGAAAAGCAUAUUCAAUGGGUGUUCAUGCAGGUGCAUUAGGAUUAAUGAUUAAUUCAAUCGUAUUAGGAGUAAUGUCAUUAGGAAUUGAAAAAAUUGCAAAAUUAGUAGGAGGAGUUAAGAGAUUAUGGGGAAUUGUUAAUUUGAUAUUAGCGCUCAGUUUAGCGAUGACAAUUGUUGUUACGAAAUCGGCGGAACAUUACCGGGCGACACAUCAUGUUGUCGGUGCCGCCGAAGCUCCGCUUCCGCCGGCUAGUGUCCGGGCCGGCGCUUUGGCUCUGUUCGCCGUCCUCGGAAUUCCUCUCGCGAUCACUUUCAGUAUUCCUUUUGCAUUAGCAUCCAUCUUUUCAGCAUCUUCCGGUUCCGGACAAGGUUUAUCACUUGGAGUUCUCAAUCUUGCAAUUGUUGUUCCUCAGAUGUUUGUGUCGGUAACAAGUGGGCCAUGGGAUGCAUUGUUUGGUGGUGGAAAUUUACCGGCAUUUGUGGUAGGAGCAGUGGCAGCAGCAGCAAGUGCCAUACUAUCUUUUACUCUUCUACCUUCACCUCCACCUGAAGCCAAAAUUGGAGGGUCCAUGGGUGGACAUUAAUUAAAUAACUCAUAUAGAAUAUCAUAAUUACCUUUUACUUUUCUUUUUUAUUUUUAUUUUACUUUACUUUAUUUUGUAAUUAGAGAGAAAAGAAUUAUUAUUCAAUGGAGCUUUUUAAUUAAUCUCCAUUUAUGGUGUAAUUUUCUCUCUUUUUUUUAUUUGGGGUACUUUUACUUUGCACCUUGUUUUUGAGAUAAGCUAAGGAAGUGUUAGAUGAUGGGGGAUUAAGCAAGAAAUUGCUUGGGUAUAAAUAUUGUCCCUCUUUGUAAUUUUCAGUCACAUUUGAUGAUAUAAUCAAAAAUCCAAAAAAUUUGAGCAAA